CAAGGCCGCACGUACAUCACCGGUUCAUAUUCUACACUCGUCAUUUACACGGCCCGAGACCACCGACGACCCUUCAACGACACACGACCGUCGGGGACUGUUUCACAACUCAAAAAGACGCAACCAUGUCCCAACAAGGCGGUGUCGACGUGUCGACACUCUCCGUGCAACAACUCUCGGCCCUCCAAGCAAGACUGUCUCAAGAACUCGAACAUCUGAGCUCCUCGUACCAGCGCUUGCGGGCGGCCCAGUCCCGCUUCAGAGAUUGUAUAAGGAGUAUCAAGGACGGAAUCCAGGGCAAGAGUGGAGAUACACCACUCCUAAUCCCAUUGACGACAUCUCUCUACGUCCCUGCGACGCUUGCGGGUUCUACUCCUACUCCUACUUCGACAUUCCCCGACAAAUCCUCAACUAAAAAGGCAAGCGUUCUAGUCGACGUGGGAACGGGGUUCUUUGUAGAGAAAUCCCCAGAAGAUGGCAUCAGUUUCUACAAGGGAAAAGUGGACGACUUGACCAAGAAUCUAGCAGAGAUUGAAAAGGCCGUUGGAGGAAAAAAUGAGAAUCUGAGAGUAAUUGAAGAUGUGCUGAGGCAGAAAAUGCUCGCCGAGCAAGCGGGCGGCUCAGGUGCAAGUCGAGCACAACAAGCACAAGCAAGUGCUGGAUAAAACCGGAACCCAUGACCUGUCGGGUCAAUCUCCCUACGGAUAGUGAACGUCUUCCAUGAGUUCACAAAGACCUUUCUUUCCCGCAGCUCUGCAUGUAGCAUUCCUCACGGAAAAUACAGCCCAGAACCAAAUUCAUCGCUUUUG